AGAAAUGAAUGAUAGAUAAUACAGAUUAAAGAUAGCAUUAAAGCAAUACACUUCUAAAAGUAACUCCCAGUGACUUGAAUUUCAUUCGAAGGAAAUUGUGAUUAACGAUUGAAACAUUUAUAAUCAAUUACGAUUAAUAAAAAUGACUGAAAUUCCUUCUGUAACGCUUGUGAAUGGUUAUAAAAUGCCUAUGUUUGCUUUAGGAACAUAUUUGUCUCAACCAAAAGAAGUAGAAAAAGCUGUUAUGGAUGCUAUUGAUCUUGGAUAUCGUCAUAUUGAUACAGCUUUCUUUUAUGAAAAUGAACACGAAAUUGGUGCUGCAAUACAAGCAAAAAUUAAAGAUGGAACUGUUAAAAGGGAAGAUCUUUUCAUUACUACGAAGCUAUGGAAUAAUCGUCAUAAGGAAAAGGAUGUAGUUCCAACUUGUAAAAAAUCCUUAGAUAAUCUCGGCUUAACUUACAUAGAUUUAUAUUUAAUUCAUUGGCCAUUUGCUUAUCAAGAAGGAGAUGUAUUGAUGCCCAAAGACAAAGAUGGUAAGCUUUUAUUAUCAGACACCGAUUAUAUUGAAACAUGGAGAGGAAUGGAAGAAUGUGUUAAUCAAAAAUUAACUCGUAGUAUUGGCGUCAGUAAUUUUAAUUCCGAACAAAUCGUUCGAUUAGUAAAAUCUUCUAAAAUUGUUCCAGUAAAUAAUCAAAUCGAAGUUAGUGUGAAUCUCAAUCAGGAAAAAUUAAUAAAUUUUUGUAAAAAGUAUAAUAUUGUCGUAAGUGGUUAUUCACCUCUUGGAAGACCCGGCAAUAGAUUAGGUAUUAAAAAUUCUUUGGAUAAUCCAACAAUUAUUAAAAUAGCAGAAAAAUAUAAAAAAAGUCCAGCACAAAUUGCACUUAGAUAUGUCUAUCAACAAGGUGCUGCAGUAAUUGCUAAAUCGGUAACGCAAAGUAGAAUUAAAGAGAACAUGGAGAUAUUUGAUUUCGAACUAACACCGGACGAAAUGAUUGCUAUAAAAGCAAUUGGUACUGGCGAAAGAAUAGCACCAGCCACAGAAGUACAAGAAUCUAGUCUAUUCCCAUAUAUUUAUAUAUAUAUAUAUAUAUAUAUAUAUAUAUAUAUAUAUAUAAUUCGUAAGGAAGCAUCGAUCUUUUAUUUUCAAUUGGAAAAAAAAAGGAAGAAUAAAAUGGUUUUAAACGUACCGGACGUUAAGUUUUACAAUGGCAAUACUGUUCCUCAAUUUGGAUUGGGUACUUGGAAGUCAAAACCCGGAGAAGUUGUCCAAGCUGUUAAGGAUGCCAUAGAUAUUGGUUAUCGUCACAUUGAUUGUGCUUAUGUUUAUGGUAAUGAGAAAGAAGUUGGGAAAGCAAUAAAAACAAAAAUUGCAGAAGGAGUUGUCAGCAGAAAAGAUUUAUUUAUUACUAGUAAACUUUGGAAUACAUUUCAUCAACCUGAUUUAGUUGAACCUGCUAUUAAAAAAACAUUGAGCGACCUUGGUCUUGAAUACUUAGACCUAUAUUUAAUUCAUUGGCCUAUCGCUUACAAAGAGGGCGAUAAUUUAUUUCCAAAAAAUUCUGAUGGUUCUCCUGAAUUUAGUAAUGCCGAUUACGUUGACACAUGGAAGGCUAUGGAGGGUUUAUUAAAUAAAGGAUUAACAAAGAACAUUGGCGUCAGUAACUUCAAUUCUGAGCAGAUUAAUAGAUUACUUAAAAAUUGUACCAUUAAGCCGGUAACGAAUCAAAUCGAAUGUCAUCCAUAUCUAACGCAAAAGAAAUUGUCUGAUUUCUGUAAAGAAAAAGAAAUUAUAAUUACCGCUUAUAGUCCUUUGGGCUCACCAGAUAGACCGUGGGCUAAACCGGAUGAUCCAAAAUUAUUGGAGGAUGAAAAAUUGUUGGAACUUGGAAAGAAGUAUAAUAAAACACCAGCGCAAAUUCUUUUGCGCUAUCAAUUGGAUCGUGGACACGUUGUAAUUCCAAAAUCCGUUACCAAAUCACGUAUCGCAGAAAAUAGUAAUAUUUUUGAUUUUCAACUUAAACCUGAUGAUAUUGCAUACAUAGAUUCUUUCGACUGUAAUGGAAGAAUUUGUCCGAUGACAGGAUCUGAGGGAAGUCCUUAUUUUCCAUUUGCCAUUCCUUUCUAAUUAAUACAACAGAUAAGUAAGAUUAGUUUUGAUCGCGUUCAUAAAGAUAUUACAUAUAAUUAUUUUUAAAAGAUGUGUAUCUUAAAUAUUAUCUUUGUUAAUUACAUUUAUACGUACGUUCGCAUUUUUCUACGCAUGUAUUUUGAUAUUAACAGAUAAUAAAUUUUCGUUAAAUAAAGAA